GGCAAAAGUGUCGGCGUAGCGCGAACCGACAACGACCACCGUGUCGCUACGGCGGCCGCCGCCGUCGCCGUCACCUUUGCGUUCGCCUCUCUUUCGCCCGCAUUGGUUAGUCGUUGCCGCUCGUGGUGUUUCGUGUCGUUCCGCGCGUCGUAGUCGCGAUACACCGUCCGGCCGGCAGCGACGAGGAAGGGGCAUCUACGAUGUUGUCGCGAGGAGAGACGCGAGGAAGGGGAAGAUGCUCCCCGGGGGAGCGCGAAUCUGCGGUGUACGGUAGGGGAAGUCAGCUGAACGCCGCCGGAGAGUGGUGAGGGUUUGAGCGACGAGAAGGGCAACCGCGCUCCACGUCGACUGCGGCGAGCGAUUCAGUUGCGAGUCGAACCUCAUCGCGUCGACUUGUCCCGAAUUAUCGUACGUCCGUACGGUCGCUCCGUAACGCGACUCGCUUUUCUUUUUUUCUUUUUUUACCGUGUGUCAUUCAUACGUCUCGAGGCGGAUGUACUUUCCUGGUGCGCCGACCACGACGAUCUCCUCUUUGUUGUUUGGUGAUCGUCGCGCGACUGAUAAGUGUCAUUUCGUUAUCGAAAGUGCAACCUCAUGCAUGGCUUCGUUCGCGAGUGAUACCACCACUGUUUCGUCGCUGCGACGGAUAUAAUAAGAGAGAAAGGGAGGGAGAGAAAAGUGCGACGGAUUCCCCGGAAUUAGUUUCGCCGAUGAGCCGAAGAGUGUGGUAGAAAAAAAAAAAAAAAAAAAAAAGUGGUGCUUUCGUCGAGUACAACCGACGGUGCGAGCGAGGAUCGACCGCGAAAGAUGCUGACGUCCAGCGCGAAUCAGUAUCUCCGUCCUGAAUACCUCACGCCGCUACCUACUACGUUAGAUGCAAAGAAAAGUCCACUCGCGCUGCUCGCACAGACCUGCAGCCAGAUAGGAGCGGAUCCGCCGUCCAACAAAUCGCUGCUAAGUUCCUUGGACAAAUCGUCGAGCAGAUCAUCCAAGACCGCGGAGCAAUCGCGCGAGAAAUCGUCGCCGACGGUGACAGUAACGGUGCCAACGACGAUCGAAUCGACGAAAACCAAUUUCAAGCCCUACGAAUCUUGUCUGGGACGCGAAAAAGCGUCCAGUCCGGACGAGCCGCGUUCGUCGUCGAGUCACUCGACAUCCGGCCGAUCUCGAACACCCGGCAGUGGCGGUAAACGAUGUUCUAGCAAUCAAAGCGCCGCGUCGACGCGCGCAGUCACGCCGCAGGGUAGAAAAACGGCGACACCGAACGGAGAAGUCGCGCGGGACUCGCCAGCUUCGAGAAGUUCGAUACCGUCGAGCAACAACAACACGGCGGAGGCUGCCGUUACGAGUCAGCCAACCGUCAGUAGCCCCUCGUUACAAGCGAAACCCGCCUACAGUCCCGCCGGCGUCCUCGCGAUGACCGAUCCAUCCAUCAAGGAUCUCCCAUUGGGCACGUUCAAGCCGGGCGUCAGUCUGCCAGUCUCCACCGCCGCCUACUUAGGCUACAGUCCCGGUCAAUUACCCAUCGACGUGAUGGCCAGCUCGCUAAUGUCCCAGCAUCACGCCGCCCUGAAGAACGGCCUCGUAGCCGCCAAUCCUUAUCUCGGUUACGCGCGACUGAAGACCACCGGUGGACCCGCGGACAGUCUGAUGCCGAUAUGCCGGGAUCCCUACUGCACCGGCUGCCAACUGAAUUCGCAUCUACUGUCGAGCUCGGCAGCAGCGACCAACGCGGCCGUCGCCAGUAUCGCGAAUGGAAAAUUGCCGUCGGGCGCGACACCGGGUUCCUGUCCGGCCGGAUGCGCCCAGUGCGAUCACAAACCCGGCAGCGUUUCGCCUUACGGGCCGCUCGGCGCGGCCGGCGCGGUUUACGCGCACGCGCAAUUAGCCGCCCUAGCAGCUGGUACCCAGCUACCCUACGUAUGCAAUUGGAUUGCGGGCGAUACCGCGUACUGCGGCAAGAGAUUCUCCACCUCGGAGGAGCUACUGCAGCAUCUCAGGACUCACACGACCAGCGGAGCGACCGAUCCUGCGAGCGCGGCCGCCACGCUAUCCCUGCUGUCGCCUCCGGUCGGAUUACCCCCGACUCAUCCCCUGUUCGCCAGAUCCUAUCCCACGCCGCCCCUGAGCCCGCUCGCCACCGCGCGCUAUCAUCCCUACGGGAAACCCUCGCCGCUCCUACCGCCGUCUUUGUCGUCGUUGGGCCUGCCGCUUCCGCCGCCGCCGCCGCCGCAUCCGCACGCGACCGCCGGAUUACCGCCCUAUUUUUCGCCGUACUCCAUCUACGGGCCCCGUCUAGGCGCCGCCUCCGGGAUGCAUCAAUGAGUUCUCGGUUACGAGCACUCGUGAGCCUAACGCUUGCGAGGUGAGUUCACCGGCGAACCUGUGAUUUCUCUACGAAUUCGAGAGCACGUAAGCGAGGAACGCCGCGCACGUGUUCUUGUAACGUGAUUGCUUGGGUGUAUUUACAGAGUUUCGUAAGGAAAGGUCUGAAGUUAUCGAGCGGAUAUCGAGGCGCGGUAGGAUUGUUUUUUUCUUGUUUUUUAUUCGUUUUUCUCAAUUACUCGAUGGUCUGCGUCUUCCGCAAGUUGUACGCUAAGCCUUUUUUUAUCUUGUAAUUGAAUAUUCAGCAUAGAAUUUAAAAUAUUGAAUAAUGUGUACAUACACGAAACUUCUAUACACUGAAAACAAAUUUGUUAACUUGACUGAACCUUUACUAAAUAUUAUUUUGUUAAUUGAACGUAUAAAAAUAUUUAAAUUAAAUACAACAUUAAAUCUUAACAAAACGUAAAUUUGACUUAAUUACUAAUAUAUGUUCAAUUAACAAAAUAGUACUUUAGUUGAAAGGUUUAGUCAAGUUAAUACAUUUUUUUUCAGUGUACUUCUUGUUCUUAUUGUUAGACGUAAAUCAUUGCUGUUUUCAUGUUGACGCAGCCAGGAUUUUGAUAUAUUUAGAUAGUUUAAACUCUUUAAUAAAUAUUAAAUUGAGAAAAAAGAAAUCGAUAAAUAUUCACUUAAGUGUUACUUUGCAAAAACUAUUUCUUUUGAUAGAAAGAGUUCUAUAUCCAGUCUUUUGGUGUCAAAAUGGCUGCGUAUCCCUACCUCAAGCUCUCUUUACAGGAAUAAUAAUCUAUUUUUGUCAAAAUUGCAUUGCACUCGAAUUGCAUUCAGGAUGAUUAAUCCUCGUUCAGCAGCGUCCAAGUAAUAAUGAAUAUGAAAUGUAACGAGCAGGCACUUGCUUGCAUUUGCCGUCAUUAAUCUUACUUGACAAGAAUCAGGGUCAUAGGAGUUAAAUAUAUUUUUGAAAUUUUCUACAAAAGAUCUCUAAAAUUUUAGU